GUGAAAGAGAGCGAGCGCCAGAGGUGCGCACCACUACAGUCGAUCGAGCAGGCACAAAGCGGCCGGCGCAUACAGAGGCAUACCGGUUUUUGCGCUGUACGGUUCUCGCGCGCACCGGGCUAGAACCUGAACUGUCAGACAACCGGCUCGCCUUUCAUACGAGUACGAACCGUCUGACGGUGCGGACAUACACACGUGAGAGCAACGUUCCCUCCGGAGUCACGAGAGGAUUUUUUGUUUUUCGCUCUAGGUGCGCACAGUGCUCCUAGUGCCCAAAUUGACCGUUUUCGCUGACCGUUUCUCUUUCGGAACAAAGGUGGUUCAAAAUUGUGCAACGCAAAACAAUAGUGAACGCAAAAACUACAACAAUUUGGAUUAACAAAAUUGCUCCGGUGCUUGGUGCGUGUGACAUUCAGUGUGAAAAGAGUUGCAAUAGAGCUGUGCCUCGGACAGGAAGAUGAAUCCGUGCGCUGUGAAGAAUAAUUAUUGUGCGAAACUGAGAAGUCAAAAAAUAUGAAUCGAUUGUGCCAAGUUGCGGAAAUCGAACCAAGGAUUAAGUGAUCGAAUCUCGAGUGGUGCACAAUUUGCCCCCGAAGUUGAUGAAAAGUGUUUAACAAUCGAUUACGGAACAGUUGCGGUUGCGGAAAACCGAAGAAUUGCGAAGACUUGCGGGAGCAGAACUUGCAGGGAAUCGUGUGAGCAGUCAGCCAGCGAGGAACCCGGACUCCGACGAUAAGACAAAACCCUAUCAUCAAGAUGUUGAAGUGGACCGUAACCAAACGCCAAGAAGGUGGUACAGCAGCCGCAGUACAAAGGCACCAGCAACGACAGAGCGGUCCCACCACCAUGCACGCACGAAGAUCGUUAGGAGCCCUCAGCGAACGCAACAUCUACAGUGACAACAUAACCGCCGCCAGCAAGGUGAAAGCCCGGCGAUCUCUCGGAGCCACCAUGCAUCGACAUGCACACAUCGACAAAGAGAACCAAUGCGUAACCUCCACGCCACAUCCCGUAGCAGCCGGAAGUCGAACCUCCGCCUCACCCUAUUCCAUGGCUCUGCGAGACGUCAGCAAUAUCACCCCUAAUUCAACCCCUCGACGUCUUUCAACUACUCCUCAAAACCGAAAACGAGCACUUGCCGUGUCGCCAACCAGUGCCGUCACAUCGACUGCCAAAAAAGACACCAACCUACCCUACGCAUCAACCUUACCAACGUUCGAUAUCGAAUACUCACCAUGUGCAGUUAAGAACGUUCCAUUCCUUGCAUUACGAGGUCUGGGCCUUACCGAUUCCUACUUCGAAAAUCCUGGCCGUUACUUCCCCGACGAGCAGCCUCCUGCAGCGAAGCGUUCCAAACCUUUCAUUGCACCUGCACCCCCACCUGAGAAACCCGACCCAGGUCUCACUCCACUUUCGUCACGCAUGUCCGAACUUCGGUUCAGCAAAAUUAGCUUCAAGCGCAACGCGGAACCCAAAACCAUAAACAACAACCAAAUCUUCAACGACGACGAGCCGUCCCUCAACUCGUCCGAAAUGGGCGACAUCACCCUAGACAAAAUGAUCGACGCAAUACUCGAGAGCGCCAAGAAAGGCCACCCCAAGCGCAGCUCCAGCGUCAAAUCCAAACAACCCAAAAUCCCCUCUCCUACAUACACUGCUGCCGACGACCCGGCAUCGGACCUCUACAAAGACACCCUCAUCGAACAACUCCCACCAAAGCUGAUCGCCCAAGUCGAAACAACCAUCAUCCUCGAAGAAUCAACCCACGUCAACGAACGGGAAGUGAAAACUCCCGAGCCCACCAAGACCUCCAAAUCGCUCCGCCAAUCCCUCACGCGGUUCGUCCUGGCCAGCCCUCUAGACGCCUGCCAUCUCCGUCGCCAGAAGGCCGUCCGGCGGAAAAACAAAGCCGACCAAGUCGAAAAGGAACCCGCCGAGAAGAAACCAUGCCGCAUCGGUCUGACCCUCCCGAACGGAAUCCCCAGCCCGGAAACUCCGAAAACCACCAGCCACAGCCAAUCCAAGCUGGACCAACUAGCUCAAAUGCAAACUCCGCCCGAAACUGUAAUCGUCGUCGACUCGGACCUCCCAGCCUCCAAAUCCACACUCAAACCCGACCUCGCCCUAAGCACCAUCGAAGAGAUGACACCCAGCAUCCGAUCGAUUGACCUACAGGGCACCUCCACUCCGACCGGCUCCACGGACGGCGCCUUCUCGAUCGAGAAAACCCGCAAGUGCUUGGCCUUCUCGCCAACUCUGAGCGAGGACUCCCUGGAGAAACGACGAUCCGUCGCAUCCUCGACCACCUCGCGCUGCUCGCGAUCAACCAGCGCCGUCCGGGGUUCCCUGGACCUUCAACUCCGCUUGGAAGAGGACGCCAAUCCCAACAAACUACACGUUCACGUCAUUCGCUGUAAGGAUCUUCAACGUGGCCCAGGUGGAAGCACGAUAAACGCCUACGUCAAGGUAGCGGUCGUGAAUCCGGCGAGUUCUGGCGGAACGGACCAAGGCUUUCAGCGGACGGCUGUACAUCGGAACUCGAGCCGACCGCAGUUCGAUCAUCGGUUCGUGUUCGAACUGGAUCCCGGCGUGGACCCGGAGGAUACGCGGCGAGUUCAGUUGGCCGUGUGGCACCGGGACCGAGAGUGCAAACGCAGUGAGUUCCUGGGAUGCAUGUCGUUUCCAUUAAAAGCAGUUAAGCUUCAGGAAAUCAACGGAUCAUUCAAAAUGCAGCCCCAGUCUAGCUUGAUGAACCCCAUUCCUCCGGUACCAGAUUUGGAGGAGAACUCUCAAGCCAGCGUCGAGGAGACCGCUGGCGUCGAAGAACCACCCACAUAUGUAAACGUACCCGUCAACGGUCAACUGGAAUCGAUAAGCCUCAGCAAGAAAGCUCUUCAUCAGCGGGACGCCGAUGAAAAUUUGUUUCUUCGAUUUCUGGAGCUGAACACAGUUCAACCAACGGCAGAUGAUCCAUUUGGAUGCAAUUCCAGUGCCUCCAGCAAUCCCGGCAGAACUCCAUUCACCGUAACCAAACGUUUAACCAAAGCCUCCGACAAAGGAUUUGGAUUCUCGAUUGUUUGGACGCAUCCUCCGCGGGUGGAGAAGGUUGAACCGGGGAUGUCAGCAGAGAAGGCCGGUGUUCUACCGGGAGAUUACGUUGUGUUCGUUGGUCAGCACAACGUCGUUACAAUGCCGGAACUAGAUGUGCUGAACCUGAUCAAAGCGCAAGGCAAUACUCUACAGCUGGAAGUCUUUCAGCGUCCGCUACGGCCGACUAGCAACCCAUUGGACUACCCACGGGUGACCCUUGGUCCAGAGGAACAACCACCUCUGAAACCAACUUUCACGCCGGUUCGUUUAUCCACAGCCUGUUCCAACAUUUCCAUCGAAACGGCUAGGCGAAAACUCAACCUUCCCCAGGUGGCGUUCACCAAAGAAGUAGGCAAGGGCGUCCUCGUUUGACGACCCUCGCCUCAACGCCGCUAUACCAAACGAAAAACUAGCUCUCAAGCACACCCUAGUGAACAUUCUGUCAAACAGAAACCCAAGCUUAGUAUUUCACGUCUAGUUGUACAUAUCAUAGCCCCAAAAACGAACUAUAUCCCAGUAGCUAUUAGGAAACACCCCAAAAUGCUGUAAAAUUCAGCUCUUUCAACACUGUAGAUACCCAACUACUUUGUUAAAAAAAACCCCCUCGGAAAGUUACGCUUCUUUUACUCUUAGUGCUUCAUUUUGAACGUUUGAAGUUCGGCCCUUUAACCACUGUAAAACUAUCCAAACUGUUACGACUCUCCUAAAAGACCCAAACAAGAUGGCCGCCGAGUCUCUGCCAUGAGUCAAACCACAUUCGGAAAAUUGCAAUAAAUCGCUCGGAUUAGGAACAAAAUUGUGUGAAAAUUAGUCUAAUUUGUAAAUACUUUCGAUGUAAGCGCGACACGGAAUCAAUCAAAAUUACUUUAAGUUCGGUCAAUUGUUUUGUCUGUUGUAGUUUGAUCUAAAUUAAUUCGGUUGGCAAAUUGGUAGGAGACUUGCGGCUAUCUUCGUUGAACGGCAUUCUUGAAGAGAUUUGUGUAUUAACAGUUAGAAGAAAAUGUCGAAUUCUUAUUAUGUUUUGAAUACUGUUAGGCUAGUUGAUCGAGAAAACCGCAAUGUUUUUGCGUUUUCAUUUCGUUGUACAUAACAUAACCAAAAACAUUCGUGAAAAGGAUACCACACGUUUAAUUUUAUGUUUUGUUUGCUCUUUAGUUCUAACGAAUUUUCCGAUGUAUUUUAGUUGAUGAAAAAGCCUGUUAAUUUAUCUUCUGUUUACUAUCAUAAGUUACACCCCUUUUCUUUCUUUGCUCGCGUUAUCUAUUUCCAAAUGUAGUAAUUUAUUGUAAUGUGUUCCCGACAAACUAAUCGUUUUGAUUGUCUCUCAGAAAAUAAAUAUUUAUUUUGUGCUCGAUAUUAUAUUUUGUGGGACUGUUUUAUGAAGUGUAAAUAAAAGCUAGCGACAGCAUUGUUUAUUGAAUAACUGGUUGACGUUGUUUUUU